GAGCCUCUGCAGAUCCCGUAAGUCGGGAGGCUGCGGAGUCGCUGCAGUCCCCGCCGCCGCCACAUUCAACAGGCAGCAGCGCCGCUGUCGCGCGGCCGUGGGGAGAGAGAGCGAGCGGCCCCGCGGUAUCCGCCCGUCUGCUCUUGCGUCCGUGGCCCUGUCAGCAGGAGCGUGGCGCCCGAGCUGCCGGCCACCGCGGCCUGGUCCGUGUCCCGUCCAAGCCACGAACUCGGAGGAUUCCUGGACCCCGGUGGCCCCGCGAAGUUAAGUUCUGGGCGCGUCCGUCCGCUGCGCCGCGCCGCGCCUCGCUCCGGCGUGCGCCCGCUGACCGCCGCCCCCAGCCUCGGAGCGAGUCUCCGGCCGAGCGCUCCGCGCCCCCGGUGGCCGCGACUCCCGGUACUCGGCUGGUGGGGGAGGGGCGGGGGUCACCAUGGCCGAAGCGCCCCAGGUGGUGGAGACCGACCCGGACUUCGAGCCGCUGCCUCGGCAGCGCUCCUGCACCUGGCCGCUGCCCAGGCCGGAGUUUAACCAGUCCAACUCGACCACCUCGAGCCCGGCGCCGUCGGGCGGCGCAGCCACCAACCCCGACGCGGCGGCGAACCUGGCCUCGGCGUCCGCUGUCAGCACCGACUUUAUGAGCAACCUGAGCCUGCUGGAGGAGAGUGAGGACUUCGCGCGGGCGCCGGGCUGCGUGGCUGUGGCGGCCGCCGCGGCGGCCGGCAGGGGCCUGUGCGGGGACUUCCAGGGCCCCGAGGCGGGCUGUGUACACCCGGCACCGCCGCAGCAACCCCCGCCGACCGGGCCGCUGUCGCAGCCCCCACCCGUGCCCCCCGCCGCCGCGGGACCACUCGCGGGACAGCCGCGCAAGAGCAGUUCGUCGCGCCGCAACGCGUGGGGCAACCUGUCGUACGCCGACCUCAUCACCAAGGCCAUCGAGAGCUCGGCUGAGAAGAGGCUCACGCUGUCGCAGAUCUACGAGUGGAUGGUGAAGAGCGUGCCCUACUUCAAGGAUAAGGGCGACAGCAACAGCUCGGCGGGCUGGAAGAAUUCAAUUCGCCAUAACCUGUCACUUCAUAGUAAGUUUAUUCGAGUUCAGAAUGAAGGAACUGGAAAAAGUUCUUGGUGGAUGCUCAACCCAGAGGGAGGCAAGAGUGGAAAAUCCCCUCGGAGAAGAGCUGCAUCCAUGGACAACAACAGUAAAUUUGCUAAGAGCAGGGGACGAGCUGCCAAGAAGAAAGCAUCCCUCCAGCCUGGACAGGAGGGUCCUGGGGACAGCCCUGGGUCUCAGUUUUCUAAAUGGCCUGCAAGUCCUGGGUCCCACAGCAACGAUGACUUUGAUAACUGGAGUACAUUUCGUCCUCGAACCAGCUCAAAUGCUAGUACAAUCAGUGGGAGACUUUCUCCCAUCAUGACAGAACAGGAUGACCUGGGAGAUGGAGAUGUCCAUUCUCUGGUGUAUCCACCUUCUGCUGCAAAGAUGGCUUCCACUUUGCCCAGUCUGUCUGAAAUCAGCAAUCCUGAAAACAUGGAAAACCUUUUGGAUAAUCUCAAUCUUCUCUCAUCCCCAACAUCUUUAACUGUAUCAACCCAGUCUUCGCCCGGCAGCAUGAUGCAGCAGACACCUUGUUACUCAUUUACACCGCCAAACACCAGUCUGAAUUCACCCAGCCCAAACUACUCAAAGUACACAUACGGCCAAUCCAGCAUGAGCCCCUUGUCCCAGAUGCCUAUGCAGACACUUCAGGACAGCAAACCCAGUUAUGGAGGCUUGAACCAGUAUAACUGUGCACCAGGACUUUUAAAAGAGUUGCUGACUUCUGACUCUCCUCCCCACAAUGACAUUAUGUCACCAGUUGAUCCUGGAGUGGCCCAACCCAACAUUCGGGUCCUGGGCCAGAAUGUAAUGAUGGGCCCUAAUUCAGUCAUGCCAGCCUAUGGAAGCCAGGCAUCUCAUAACAAAAUGAUGAACCCCAAUUCCCACACCCACCCUGGACAUUCACAACAAACGUCUUCAGUCAAUGGACGUGCCCUGCCCCAUGUGGUGAACACCAUGCCUAACACAUCUGCCAUGAACCGCUUGACCCCCAUGAAGACACCUUUACAAGUGCCUCUGUCCCACCCCAUGCAGAUGAGUGCCCUGGGCAGCUACUCUUCUGUGAGCAGUUGCAAUGGCUAUGGUAGGAUGGGUGUCCUCCACCAGGAGAAGCUCCCAAGUGACUUAGAUGGAGUGCUUAUUGAGCACUUGGACUGUGACAUGGAAUCUAUCAUUCGGAAUGACCUCAUGGAUGGAGACACUUUGGAUUUUAACUUUGAUAAUGUGUUGCCCAACCAAAGCUUCCCACACAGUGUCAAAACUACAACACACAGCUGGGUGUCAGGCUAAGAGUUAGUGAGCAGGCUACAUUAAAAAGAACUGCAGAAUGUCUGACAACAGGAACUGAGAGAAGCAGUCCAAAGAUGCCCUUCACCCCUCCUUUUAGUUUUCUUGAUUUAAAAAAAAAAAAAAAUCCUAUUUUCCUUUCAUCAGACUUGGCAACAGAAACACUUUCCUGUACAGGAUGUUUGCCCAGCGUUUGCAGGUUAUAUGCUCCUGUAGAUAAGGACUGUGCCAUUGGAAAUCGUUACAAUGAAGUGCCAAACUCACUACACCAUGUAAUUGCAGAAAAGACUUUCAGAUACUGGCGUGUUUUCAAGUUUUGUAUAUAUACAGUAGACACAGAAUUGUAUUUGUGUGUGUGUGUUUUUUUUUUAAUAUCUACUUGGUCCAAGGAACGUUUAUACUCUUUUGUAAUACUGUGAUGGUCUUGUGUCUUGAUGAACUUUGCUUUGUACUACCUGUGUUCUGUUAAGGUGAUGAAUCACGAACUAAGAUCUCCAUUCUGCACCUCUGCUGAGUGACUCUGAACCUGUUCAUCUUGCCACAGGAUUUGUAUGAGAACCAAGUAGCCUGUGAUCAAUCUGCUGAAUAAAUAAAUGGACUUGUCAAACUUUGGGGCAGAAUAAGAUUAAGUGCCAGCUUUGUACAGGUCUUUUCUAUUUUUGUUGUCUAUUUUGUUAUUUGCAAAUUUGUACAAACACCUUAAAAUGGUUCUAAUUUCCAGAUAAAUGACUUUCGAUGUUAUUGUUAGGACAUGAUCAUUUUUGGAAUAGAUAUUGAACUGUAAUGUUUUCUUAAAACUAGAGUCUACUUUGUUACAUUGUCUGCUUGUAAAUUUGUGGAAUCAGGUAUUUGGGGGCAGCAUUCAUAAUUUUCAUUUUGUAUUUCUAACUGGAUUAGUACUAAUUUUAUACGUGCUUAACUGGUUUGUACACUUUGGGAUGCUACCUGCUGAUGUUUCUGACUAAUCUUAAAUCAUUGUAAUUAGUACUCUUGCAUACGCAACGUUUCUGGCCCUGUUUGGGCAAGAAAGUGAUGUAUAUUUACAGACACUUUGUGUUUUGUAUGUAGAAGAAUUUAAUAUGUUUUUAUGUGUGUAUUUUAAAGAAAUUCCACCUGCUUUUAUUACCCUGUGAAUUGUGUGCAGCACAUAGCAUCAAGUCUUGAGAUGGAUGCCCUGUGUCACGUUCUUACAGAUCCUUCAGGGAGGCCCCUCCAAACAUGCCUGGUGCCACGUUGUCACGGUUCCUUAGGGAGGCCUUCUGUCUGUAGGUCAGGAAAGGAGACCUUCAUCUGGAAUGACAUUCCCUCUCUAACUGGGGUUUCCUCCUCCUCCGAGUUCUUUGUUUUUGUCCAGGUUGGAGGUGGUUUUAUGGCUGUGUACUAAAGAAUCAUGUUACUUCUCAGUCUCUAUCCCUGUUCUCUUUGGCUCUGAACAGUGUACAUCUAAGGAGGAAAAGGAAGUCUGAAAACAGGACCUCAGUGCUUUGUAUUCUUAACUGCAGAUAGUGGCUAACACAUGGAACAGAACUAGUUUAAAAAUUGAGACAAUAACCUUGAAGACAAACCAGCCAUAAGUGUAUAUUUAUUUUGAAAUCCUUAGCUUAAGAAUUUGAGUUUUGCCAGCCUUGAGCAGCCUAACUUCUGUCUCAAACAUAAGAUGUAGUACUUUCUAGUUACCUGUAGCUGACAGACCAAGAUAAUCAGGUCUGCCUCCCAUCCCAUCUGUCAACAUUUCUAAGUCCCAUUGAAUUUCCCGAGCCACUACAAUGUUAGGAAUAUGUGUACAGCAGCAUCUCUCUUUGCCUUCUUGAGAAGGCCUGGUUUCUGUGUACACAAACCAAUUGAAUUUGCUGUUUUCAGUAUGUUUCUUACCACUCCUUUUGCUUAGUAUAUUCUCUGUUCACAUUAAUAAGAAUACAAAUGUUCCUGAUUUUUGCAGUUGACCAGCUUUGUCAUAAGCUUCCCACUGUUGACUUUUUUGGCGGGGGCUACUGAUCAUUGUCUGUUUGGGCACUCCAAAACAGGGUUCAUUUUAGAAACCUUAGUUCCUCCAAGCAGAGCCUUCUACAAACGGAGUAGAACUUACUGGUGUCAGAGAACUCAGGCCUCACUUUCCUAUUUCUUCACCAUUGCAGAAAGGGCCUCUGCAUUUAAUCAUUCGACACAGAGGCAGCUACAGCUGUAAUCAGUAGACUUGCAGAAUGUCACUGAGUGACUUGGGUGUUUCUUCCUCCUGAAGCUGUGUAAAUCUCAUCCCCCAGUUUCCUUAGUAUGAAGAUCAUGAGUCAUGGGUAGUUGUCUUGGGUACAGUGAAAUCCAGGAAACGCUUCUUGUCUAUUUGAAAAGCAAACUUCAUGUGGCCUCUGGGAGCCCUUCUCUGUAAAAAUGUGCCCUUUCUAGAGCAGUUGGUCUAUUAUUGUACAUGAUUGCUUUGUGAAAUGAUUUCACUUAUGCAGCCAUGGUUGAUUUAUUCCCUUUGGUUUGUACUGUUACUCAAAGCAUAUUGUAUUAUAGAGCUCCUUGGCUAUUUUAAAUAUAAAGAUGUAUUGUUUCCGUAAUAUAGAUGUGUGGAAUAUAUUUACGUGAUAGAUGUAUGACAUGGGAAAUUCUGUUUGGACAAACUGACUGAGUCUAAGUUAAUUAGCAAAUAUAUCCUGAUGAUCAGUAAAUCCUGGACUACAACAGUAAGGGAUAGGGUUACUUAAAAUGGACAGUUCCCCAAAGGUGUACAAUUUGAACUUGUUCAACUGCUGAAUAUAUGACUCCUCCCCUCCCCCAAAGAAAGACCCCUGUCAGUUCAUAGUUACAGCUCUUAAAAGUUAACUGAUUUUAAGUGAAAAUUUUCUCUGUGGUUUCAACUGGGGAAUGAUCAUUCAUUAUACUGUGCAUUGUGGUUUAUGCAAACAAAACAGCCUGGCACUGUGGCAAGUGAUGGCCUUGUAAGUCCCAUCAGGAUAGAGUCACGCCCUCCCACACAGGUUACCACCUGAGUUGAGUAACAGUGCAGACUCCAUGUUCCUGUUCUGAUACUAUCUGAGAAGUGCCUGAUGAUGAUGAUGAUGAUGAUGUACUUACAGAUACAAGAACAAUCUUUGCUAUAAUUGUAUAAAGCCAUAAAUGUACAUAAACUAUCUUUAAGUG